UUUAAUGUAUUCCUUCCUCUAAUUUCCAACCUCCACGUUAGAUGCCAACCCUGCAACCCCUCUCUAGCUUGCUUUCCCUUCCACUGCUCUCUUCCUCUGCCACACCUUUGUCUCUCUUUCCACACAUCUUACUAUCUCGGGCUUUGGCUUCCCCAUUCUCUCAGCAACGUAGAAGAAGAGAAGACAAAAAAAAAAAUUCCAAUUUUUCCACAGAUUUUGCCUUCUGUCUCUGAGUUCUUAAAGGUUGGGGUGGAAGUGGUUCUUCCUUCGGCCUUUUUUUUCUUCAGUAGGGUAACUGCGCUCGAGGUUCUUUGAUUCUUCAUCGGUUGAGGAUGCUCUUUAUUUGGGCUUCGCGAUAUCAUCAAGAUUAGACCAUCAAAAAGGAAGAAGAAUGUCAUCUGGUGAUUCUCUAAAUGCUGAAUUAUCUGAGAAGACACCAGUCCUUGGCCUGAGACUUUGGGUUGUGAUUGGCAUCUCGGUAGGUGUGUUGAUUGUCUUCAUUCUCUGUAUCCUUUCCAUAUGGUUUACAUCUCGUCGGAAGACAAGCAGAACCUUUGACAAAUUACCAGUAUUGCAAAUUCCCAAUGUCUCAAAGGAGAUUACAGUAGACAGAGUUGGUACACAUAGUCUUGCUCAGAGUCUCCAAGAGCAUGAGGGACCAUUCUUCUCCUCCUAUGACAAGUUUAGUGAGAAAGACUCUGGAAAGAAGCUCGCACAUUUAACAAUGAGUAAAUCUAGUGAUGCUGACAAUAUGAGCCAAUGCAGCUCAGUUCACCACAAUGACAGGGUUGGGAGUUCAUAUUCUGGUGAUGAAGGUAGCUCAGGAAAUGCAAGAAAACCGUACUCGCCAUACAGUCGUGUCUCUGCAUCUCCUUUGAUUGGCUUGCCAGAGUUCUCGCAUCUGGGAUGGGGCCACUGGUUCACUCUACGGGAUCUCGAGAAUGCUACAAAUCGUUUUUCAAAGGAAAAUAUCCUUGGGGAGGGCGGAUAUGGUGUUGUUUAUCGAGGCCGUCUGGUCAAUGGAACUGAAGUUGCAGUCAAGAGGCUUCUAAACAAUCUGGGACAAGCAGAGAAAGAAUUCAGAGUGGAAGUGGAAGCUAUUGGUCAUGUCCGGCAUAAGAAUUUAGUCAGGCUUUUGGGAUAUUGUAUAGAAGGAACUCAUAGGAUGCUUGUGUAUGAGUAUGUCAACAAUGGAAACUUAGAGCAAUGGCUUCAUGGAGCUUUGCAUCAACAUGGUGUUCUUAGUUGGGAGAACCGCAUGAAGGUUAUCCUAGGCACUUCAAAGGCCCUUGCUUAUUUGCAUGAAGCCAUUGAACCAAAGGUUGUUCACCGUGAUAUAAAAUCAAGUAACAUCUUAAUCGAUGAAGAAUAUAAUGGAAAGGUAUCCGACUUUGGACUGGCUAAGCUCCUUGGUUCCGGCAAAAGCCAUGUUACUACUAGAGUGAUGGGAACAUUUGGGUAUGUGGCUCCUGAAUAUGCUAAUACUGGACUUCUGAAUGAGAAGAGUGAUGUUUACAGUUUUGGAGUAUUGUUGUUGGAAACCGUUACUGGCAGGGAUCCUGUUGAUCAUGGCAGGCCUUCAAAUGAGGUGAAUCUUGUGGAGUGGCUCAAAUUGAUGGUUGGAAAUAGGAGAACAGAAGAAGUGGUGGAUCCAAAUCUUGAUCUUAAACCACCUACACGGGCUCUUAAGCGUGCUCUGUUAGUUGCUCUGAAAUGUCUUGAUCCUGACUCUGACAAAAGGCCCAACAUGGGUCAGGUUGUUCGAAUGCUAGAAGCGGAUGAAGACCGGAAAAGCCGACGGAAUCGUGCAGCAAGCAUGGAGAUCGAGUCUUUGAAGGAGAGUUACGGUUCAAGUGAUCUAGAAAAUAAAGUAGCUGGAUCAGAUAACUGGUCAUGUGAGAGAUUCCAUGCAUAAGUAAUGGUCAUCAGAUGGCGUGCAUCAGCAAAUCAAUCAUCGGCAUUGUCUCUUUGCUAACGAAGACGAAAAAGUUCCACCAACUGUUAUUCCACAGGCAUGGAUGCAAGAAGAUAGAUGGUGUCAGAGUGAAAGCUUGUCAUUUUGGGUUCUGGAGCUGUGCCCAAUUUCUGCUUCCAGCAUGAAAGGUGAGGAGAUAAAAGAAGAGGCACUCAAUACCCAGUUAGAUAUCCUGUACAGAUUAUCCAUGUACAAUUUCAAGUUCUCUCGCGUCGUUAUCUAUAAUUUUUUGGUUAAUUUUUCCCACUGUUCCUGACUCUUUGCUGAUCUUGCAUUUAUUUUGUCUCUGAUAAAAGCAUGAUCAUAAUUUCUUUA